AUGACCUCUAAAUUACAGCCGCUGGAUCAGGGAGUAAUUCAAAACUUGAAAGUUUUUUAUCGUACCAGAAUAGUAAAAGAAGCACUAAAGCGUAUAGAGGCAAACGAAAAACAAGAUAUUACACUUAUGGAUUGCAUCAAUCAUGUAACAAAAGCUUGGGAUAUUGACGUCAAAAAUCAAACCAUAGCGAAUUGCUUCAAAAAAGCUGGAUUUGGUCAAUACUCUGAAUGGGAAGAGGAAGAUGACAUACCUCUGAGUUUUUUAAGUACUACUGAUGAAUAUCAAAAUGUAAUUGAAGCUGAUUACGAAGCAUGGUUAAAAGCAAACAAAAUAACUUGCAGUGCUACUCUUCAGGAUUAUAUUGCAGUAGAUAAUGACCUUUGCACAACUGGCUUUCCUACAGAUGCUGAUAUUGUUGAGAAUUACUGCCCUGAAUUAGAUGAUCGAAUAUUAAGCGGAACGGAGAGUGACGGCGAGGGAUCGGUAGAAGAAACUAUUCACCAGCCUCCAAAUGCUUUCCGAACAUUGGGUUUGUAUUUGCAAACAAAUGACACUACAACUGAUGAGCACUAUACGGCUUUAAACAAAUUAGAGUCAUUUUUUACUGAAAAUACAAAAAAAAAGAAAAUUUUCAGUCACUAA